UGUUCGGAGCUGAAAGACAGACUGUGGGAAGCUUUAGCUCUUGGUGCUAGAUGUCGUGCAGGCCUGAUAAUUUGAACCAUCCCGGGUUAGACUGGGGGAGCAGUUGUGAAGAUGCAACUUCAAAGUAGAGAUUAUAAACCCUGCUGGUGGAUCAGUGGAUCAAAGAUGAGGCAAGGCUGAAGAAUUGUACAGUCACGGGGCUGUGACGCAUGAAGAUGUGAUGGGUUAAGUGGUCCCUGUGCCCCCUUUGAAUGUCCGUCACUAUGGCUAAGCGAGAGACUGGCAGCACCAGCCCUGUGGUCAGGCAGAUAGACAAGCAGUUCCUGGUCUGCAGCAUCUGUUUGGACCAUUAUCACAACCCCAAGGUCCUUCCCUGCCUGCACACCUUCUGUGAGAAAUGUCUACAGAACUACAUCCCUCCCCAGUCUUUGACGCUGUCCUGCCCAGUAUGCAGACAGACCUCUAUCUUGCCAGAGAAGGGUGUGGCCGCCCUGCAGAAUAAUUUCUUCAUCACAAACCUAAUGGAGGUAUUACAGCGAGACCCAGAGUGCAGCCGACCUGAGGCCUGCAAUGUUCUUGAGUCAGCCAGUGCGGCCACAGCUUGUCAGCCUCUCUCUUGCCCCAACCAUGAGGGCAAGGUGAUGGAGUUUUACUGCGAGUCGUGUGAAACAGCCAUGUGUCUGGAGUGUACAGAAGGAGAACACAGGGAACAUGUGACAGUUCCUCUGAGGGAUGUGCUCGAACAGCAUAAGUCAGCACUUAAAAAUCAGCUGGACACUGUGCGCAACAGACUACCUCAGUUGACGGCUGCCAUUGAGCUUGUGAAUGAAAUCUCCAAGCAGCUCACAGAGAGGAAAAAUGAGGCAGUGACUGAAAUCAGUGACACUUUUGAUGAGCUGGAGAAGGCCUUACACCAGCGCAAGACUGCUCUCAUUACUGAGGUGGAAAACAUCUGCAGCACUAAGCAGAAGGUGCUUCAAGCACAGCUGACCUCUUUGCUUCAGGGCAAAGAAAACAUUCAAAGCAGCUGCAACUUCACAGAGCAGGCCCUGAGCCAUGGCAGUGCCACUGAGGUCCUGUUGGUCCAGAAACAAAUGGGUGAGCGGGUCAGCGCCCUGGCGCGACACAGCUUUCCCGAAUAUCCCCAUGAAAAUGGACAUCUGGAAUGCCAGGUCGAGACGGAUGGACUGAGGCGCUCCAUCCAGAACCUGGGAGUCCUGAUCACAACAGGGGCUGUAGGCCAUACUAGUGUUGCCACCGGUGAAGGCCUGAGACAUGCACUGGUCGGCCAGCACACCACCGUCACGGUCACUACUAAAGAUAAGGAUGGAGAACUGGUGAAGACUGGUAAUGCUGCUCUAAGGGCAGAGAUUAUCUCUGCAGAUGGAGUGUGCAAUGAAGCUGAGGUGGUGGACAACAAAAAUGGCACCUAUGAAGUUGGAUAUACCAUCCGCUCAGAGGGAGAAUACUCCUUCUCUUUGCUACUAUAUGAACAGCCUGUGAGGGGGAGUCCAUACCGUUUGCGUGCUGUCAAAGCGUCAGAUGUCCUGCAGUCACCAGACGAUGUGAAGAGAAGAGUGAAAUCCCCGAGUGGAGGAGGAGGCCAUGUUCGACAGAAGGCUGUGCGCAGGCCCUCCAGCAUGUACAGCACUACCAAGAAAAAGGAAAACCCAAUAGAGGAUGAGCUGAUCUACAGAGUGGGAACAAGAGGGCGAGAUAAAGGAGAAUUCACUAACCUACAAGGCAUCUCCACCUCCAGUAAUGGUCGGAUCGUGGUGGCAGACAGCAACAACCAGUGCAUACAGGUCUUCUCAAAUGAUGGGCAGUUUAAGAUGAGGUUUGGUGUCAGAGGUCGUUCACCAGGGCAGCUGCAGCGCCCCACAGGGGUCACAGUGGACAUGAACGGUGACAUCAUCGUAGCUGACUACGACAACAGAUGGAUUAGCAUCUUCUCCUCGGAUGGCAAGUUCAAGAACAAAAUUGGUGCUGGACGACUGAUGGGACCGAAAGGUGUGGCUGUGGAUAAGAACGGACACAUCAUCACUGUUGAUAAUAAGGCCUGCUGUGUCUUCAUCUUCCAAUCAAAUGGGAAGCUGGUGACGAAGUUCGGAGCCAGGGGAACAUCAGACAGACACUUUGCAGAAAAAAGUGGUGCAAACAUUGCACUGGAACAAAAGCUUAGUAAAUCUGGCCCUGUUUUCAGUCCUCACUUUGUGGCUGUAAAUAACAAAAAUGAAAUUGUGGUAACAGACUUCCAUAACCAUUCAGUAAAGGUGUACAAUGCAGAUGGGGAGUUCCUGUUUAAAUUUGGCUCCCACGGAGAGGGGAACGGACAGUUUAAUGCUCCAACAGGCGUGGCUGUGGAUGCCAAUGGAAAUAUUAUUGUUGCUGAUUGGGGUAACAGUCGGAUCCAGGUGUUCGACAGCUCAGGGUCCUUCCUGUCUUACAUCAACACAUCAGCGGACCCCCUUUAUGGCCCCCAGGGCCUGGCCCUCACAUCUGAUGGUCAUGUGGCGGUGGCAGACUCUGGAAACCACUGCUUCAAGGUCUACCGCUACCUGCAGUAGAGACCCGAGAAAGCCAUCCUCACCACUGCAAGCACUGACAACGACACAACCAAUGUAUUCCACAGGGUGCAAUGACCUUUCCAAUACAGCCUUUUGAUGUGCACAUCAGCUGAUCUCCCGGAUAUGAUUAAGUGUCUGAACCUGUGUUUACUCUUUAUGAUGUGUAUUGAAGGUUGAUUUUAAAGUUGGGUGACGUAGCGUCCUUGGGACAAGUAAUGGACAUAAAGCUAUGGACCGGUUUUAGAGAAUGUGCGAAAGCAUUAUUGUGUGUUGUACACUGUAUUAUUACACCACACUUUCUGUGAGACCGGACAGGGUAGGAGAUAGAUUGAAGUAUUUAAUGAGCCAUAACUUGUCCAAAUGCAUGAAGUUUUAUUUUAUCUUAAUGCCUAGGCGACAACACAGUGUACCCAUCGGUUGCUUUUCUCAUGAACUAGUUAAUGCUUACAGUGAAAUGAACAGUGCUACGCUUCUCUAGCAACGAAAUGUAAAAUUUCUCAUUUACUGACAUCUCACAUACAAAUGUCACCACCAUCUGUGCAUUGAUUUGCUGUAUGUACUGUACAUACAUAAAUGUAUAUUGUGUAUAUUAGAUGACUCAGUAUGUAUGUGCUAUGAUUUUGAAACACACAGCCUUUUGGCUAUUCAGAGAGCAGCAGUCAAGGAUUCCAGGAUUUUAAACAUGUGUGUAUGGCAGCUGUUAAAAAGUGUGCUUUUGAGACAUACCCAGCACAUGCUUAAAAGAAGAAGUGUGUCAUAUUUAUUGCUAAUGUAAGCAGCACAAUAAUCAUUUUUGUUAAUAUCUGUUGUUUUAAAGGGAAAAAAAAAACAAAAUGAAAAAAAAUGCUAAUUUAUUUUAUUUUAUACACUAGUUCAGCAUUUACAAAUUAUUUUUCUAAAUUGAUGUGCUUUUUUUUCUUUUGAGCUUCACACUUUAUCCCUCCACCUGGAAGGGAAAUUCCACCUUAAAGCAGAAUUCAGUGUCCCCCCCUCACAUCUGAAAAAUUUAGAUCAGUGUUUUGGCACAUGAGCAGCUCUUUUCCAAAGCUUCAAACCCAUCUUAACUUUCAUUUGGGAUGUCAUCAAAAAGGAGAGUUUUCUAAGUUUCUCUGCUGAGGAUGAAUGGCUCAAGAUAUGGGUUCAUAGAAUGAUCAUUUUGCCUUUAACAAUUGAAGAGCUUUAUUCAUUGAAGUGCUAACAGAUCCAAACUAGAAAUAAUACAAAUAUCUCAGGAAAUCCAUCCAAAUUAGGUCACUGUAUCAAUAGGACAACUUUAAAUACUUUGAUGGUAUCAUAGAUUUUGAGGGAGACAUUGGGAGCUUGUGAGAAAACUGUUGUACAAAUGUAGGCUGGAUCCAAGACCAUAAAAAAUAUUGGGAUGGAAUAUGAAUUCUGUUUUACCAUUUUUGUCUGUUUGUUUGUCUUUCUUUCACAUAGGAAACAGUUACAAAAGUAUUAAACGAUAACUUAUUAGAUGGCAUUUGCCAGCAAACUCAUCCACGCUUCGCUUUAGAAAACACUCGCCUCUGAUUCUGUCUGUUAAGCAAUCUAACAAAACGCUGUUAGAUCUGAGUUUCUGCCUGCACUACAUCAAGCCAUGACUCCAUAAGAAAACUUGUACCAGUAGAGCUGUUGCUGCUCUUGCUCCUCCCAGUGUUCAUUCUGUGUCAUAUGAAAGCCUGGUGCCAGAGCAGAAGAGGGACCGGGUGCAGGAAGAAUGUAACUUCCUGGUCUGAUAUAAUUACCCACAGCACUGUGCUUAAAAACCCGAACACCAACAUUCACCCUCCCCAGUGUGGAUUUUUUUCUUAGCUACAGGAUGUGACCUGCUUUCACCAGUUAAGUCAACCAGGAAGCUGCUGUUUUUCAUGCACCUGAUCUGAUGUUUGACUUGUUGCCAAACAGGAGCCCAGACAUCUUUAAAGAGUCAAAGGCCGAUUUUACCCUUACGCUGUUUGUGUCACACCAAUACAAACAAUUUUGUUUUCUCUAUGAAUAUGCACUGGUAAUAAAAGCACAUGGUUUACUGA